AUAAAUUUGACUGAUCGCUAGUUAUUUUUGCCAUGGCUAUUCAGUAGUUCACAGAGAAACUUAAACCAGCUGUUUGUAACCAAAGAUACGUUCGUGGUUCCAGCAGUUGCCCCUUCCGCUUGUAGUAGUUUGGAGCUCAUAGAAUGGAUAUGAGUGACCGUGCUGGUGGGCUUGGUAUUGAGUUGUUGAACGAGUCCAACUACAAGGUUUGGAGGACUUGUAUGGAGUCAUACCUUGUAGGAGAAGACUUGUGGGAUGUUGUGGACGGAAACGAAACCAAAUGUCCAAAGUGGAAGCGGCUGAAUGCAAAGGCCGAGUUUGCCUUGAAGAGGUCUAUGUCUCAUAGCCUCUUCUGCCAUGUCGAGAGAUGCGAGUCUGCCCAUGGGAUAUGGAAGAAACUCAACAGAUUGCUCAACAACUAGAAGGGAGGUCAAUUUCCAGCUGUAGGCAAGCGACGUGAUGAAGAGGAUCCUCUUAAGCGUUACAAACCCUUACACGAGGCAGCAGUGAAGGGAGAUUGGGAAGCUGCCGAGAGCAUAUUCAACGAAGAUACUGCCGCGCUGAAGGCGAUAAUUACAUCAAGGAGAGAGACGGCACUGCAUGUUGCGGUUGACCAUGGACGUGCAGAGUUCGUAGAGAAGCUAGUGGCACGCAUGGCCACAGGUGACCUGGAAAUAAAAACGGAUAAACAAAGCCGGAAACGGACUGCCCUCCAUUAUGCCGUUGUCAGCGGAAGCUUGCCUAUUGUCAGGACUUUGGUGGAGAAAAAUGGCAAGUUGAUGGAAAUUGUGGAUGAUAAAAAAUAUUCGCCACUUCAUGAAGCGGCCUAUUAUUUUGAAAGCAAAGAGGUCGUACGGUACCUCAUCUCGAAGAUGCCCGACGUGACACCUCCAUAUAAGGAUAGCCCCUUCUUUGCUGAUGACUGUAGUAAAGGCGCUGAACUAAUUGCCAGACUGGUGGACUCACGUGCUUAUGACAUUUGCCUUCAGUUGUUGGUUAAGUAUCCCAUCUUAGCUACUGCAACAACUUAUUGUGGAAAAGGAAUGCUAAAUGAGUUGUCGCUUCGGCCAUCCGGAUUCCUGAGUGGAAGUAAGCUUGGAUACUUGGGAAGAUGCAUAUAUAAAAUUAUUCCUGUUGAAUCCAACGGUAAACCGCGAGAUUCAUCAUCAAAGGGUGACUUGGAAAACCAACGAGUGAAAGAGCAACCAACUUUACUGCGACAUUUGACCCAAGUGAUGCAUUGGAUCAAUGGAGCUUCUUGGACAGCUAUUGAACAACUAGUUCCCUGGGUCAAGCGUAUAAAGGAUGAGAAAUACGAGCACACAUUCUUGAAAAUUGCCUGUAAAGAGAUGUCAGGCUGGAGCCAGAAAGAUAUCUCGAGCUUCUUCCAAAAAUUCCCCUAUUUCCGAGCCGCAGCACAAAAUGGGGCAGUUGAAUUCAUAACUACAUUUUUUAAAGAUUUUCCUCAUCUAGUACGUGACGGUGAAUCCAUACUCGGGGAGGCGGUUUUGCACCGACAAGAGAAGGUCUUCAACCUUUUUAUUGAAGGAACCGCGACUAUGAAACAUUUGGCCGCGGAUUAUGAUAGUGUAACAAAAGACAAUAUCCUGCAUAAAGCCGCAAGAUUGGCCCCCUAUCCCCAACUUUCAUCUGUUGCAUGCCCCGCAUUACAGAUGCAAAGAGAGUUGCAGUGGUUUAGGGCCGUGGAGGAUCUUCUUAAUCCCACACAGAGGUUCUAUAGAAAUCAGAAGGGGGAAACACCCCGGGAGAUUUUCACAAUCGAACACAGAAAAUUGCUCAGUGAUGCUGUGUUAUGGAUGAAGGACACAUCUAACUCAUGCAUGGUGGUUACGGCCCUCAUAGCUACAGUACUUUUCUCGUCGGUUUUUGCAGUUCCUGGAGGAAACGUCGAGGGCAAAGGCAUACCAUUAUUUUUACAGGAAAAAGUCUUCAUCUUGUUUGCUGCUUCAGAUGCAGUGGGAUUGUUCUCCUCCACCACAUCCAUCUUGAUGUUCCUGUCUAUUCUGACAGCACGUUAUGCAGAAGAAGAUUUCCUUUAUUCGCUUCCUAAGAGGUUAAUACUCGGGUUUGCCUCUCUUUUCCUUGCCAUCGCGAGUAUGAUGGUGGCAUUUGGAGCGACGCUCUACAUGGUCUUGCGUGAGAGGUUCAAGUGGAUUUUCAUCCCGAUCAUAGUAAUCACUUCCAUUCCCGUGCUCCUAUUUGUGAAGCUGCAGCUUCCGUUGUUCUUCUACAUGGUACGAUCAACCAUGGUACGAUCAAAAUAUGGUUCUGGAAUCUUUCACCACAAGAAAAUUUGGUAAUUGAUAUAUGUUGGAUGCUGUCUCAGAGCGGCUGUUCUGUGUAUCGUUUGAUGUCUUGUGUUUUUCUAUGAUAGAAUAUGUUUCUAUUUGUUGCUGGUUUAGUGGACUAAGCAGUUGAUCAGUGGUUUAAGUAGUUGCUUAGUGGACUAAGUGGUUACUUGGUGGACAAAACGUGUGCUGAGGGUGUUCGACCUUUCAGUUUCUUUGAGUCUGUAUGUAUAUGAGGUAUUAAUGUUUAAAUAAAAAAGAAGAGCGAGUUCCCUUCUCUGA